ACCUGGCUCGUGUCCAUGUACCAAGAUUGUGUGUGUGUGUCUGGGUAUAUAACAAUGAAGAGGAUGUCUUUCAUAAUCACACUAGCAACCUGCUCAGUGAUCACCGCCGCCCUACCGCAGACAAACUUCCCUUCCGAGGACAGAAUCGUCAACACGCCCCCACGCCGCCCACCGGCGGCAAGCGUCGGCAUCCUCCUCCGAGAGGAAUCACGCCCUGGGAUAUCGAACCAACGCCGUCCCCAAGAUGCCAUAAGGCCCCAGGAGGUCGAUACAUUCCCAACCUCGUCCCAGAGGCCUUUCCCGGUGAGCAGUGAUUUUCACCCAUCGACGUCGCCACCCACAGGGAAUUUCAGUCGGAAUCCGGGGUCUCCGCUCUUCCCCGAGACUGACAGGCCCCCGCUACCCGAUUUAGGGCAUGACUUGCGCCCAGUUCGAAGAGAGAGCAGUUGCGGGGUGUUCCCUAGUCCCGGAGAAUGUCAAGCCGCUUUCCCAAGGUAUUAUUACAACGAGACAACCAGCCAGUGCGACUGCUACCUCUUCGGAGGAUGCGACGAGGGCGUAGGCAGUUACAGGACGCUGGAAGAAUGCCACCGUAAGUGCCUACCAAACGUCAGACACGAGGGACCCAACUGCAAAUUUGUCUACAUCGACAACUUCAGUCCUGUCACACCCCCGGCAACUCCGCCCACGACGGAAAGCACCAGGCCUCCCAACGCGUCGACGCACCCACCGCAGCGCCACCCUGCUGACGUCACAGCGAGACCUUUGAGCGAUAGACAGCAACCCGGAAGGCCCGGCGGCAAUCCGCUUAAUGCCCAGGGCGCCUCGGGCUUCGAAAGCGACAUCGUUCCACCCAGACCUCAAAGUGCCACGCCAAUUUCAGACAACAACAUCCCGGCGAGGCGGCCGAUAUUUCCUCAGAGGAUACCACUAUUCGGCACCCUCGUUCCCCUCCCCGGGGGAAUUCCCUUGGGUGUCCCGCAAGGAGGGAUGUUCGUGGCGAUGUCUUCCUCCUCCUUCAGUCAAUCGAGAUUUCCGGAUGAGAGUGACGAACGCGAGAGAGUUUUCGUUCAAAAAUGACCCCAGGGGGAUUCCGAGUGAAGUGUAUUACCCAUCUAAACUCGAUUUCAUGUUACGGUUUAUUAAGUUUAUUAUCAAGCAAAAUAUAUGAUGGUUUUAGUUAAAAUCGUUGCUGUUCGAUA